CGGAUCACCGGCGCCCAGCUCUCCCCCGGCCUCCGGUAUUUCGGGCAGUCGCUGAGCGGGGGCCAGGACCUCACCCAGGAUGGACUGGCAGACUUGGCCGUGGGGGCCCAGGGGCGCGCGUUGCUGCUCAGGACCAGACCUGUGCUCAGGAUGGGGGCGAGCAUUCACAUCACACCCGCAGAGAUCACCAGGUCUGUGUAUGAGUGUCAGCAGCUGGGGACCUUUCCCCACGAUCUGGGCAAGGCCAUUGUCUGCCUCCAUGUUUCCCAAAGUCCCAAGAACCAGCUGGUUAACCUCCAAAGCAUUGUGACCUUUGACCUAACCCUUGACCCUGGCCGCCUGAGUCCUCGUGCCAUCUUCCAAGAGACGGGGACUCGGAAUCUGACCCGUGUUCGAGAGCUGGGGCUGAAGCAGAACUGCGAGGCUGUGAGGUUGCUCCUUCCGGAGUGUGUGGAGGACUCGGUGACCCCCAUCGUCUUGCGUCUCAACUUCUCCCUGGUGGGCAAGCCCAUCUCUAGCCUAAGAAACCUCCAGCCUAUGCUGGCAGUGGAUGCCCAGAGAUACUUCACGACCUCUCUCCCCUUUGAGAAGAAUUGUGGUGCGGAUCAUGUCUGCCAGGAUGACCUCAGCAUCUCCUUUGGGGUCUCAGAUGCUAGCUUGAAGACCCUGAUCGUGGGGAGUAACCUGGAGCUGAACUUGAAAGUGAGAGUGUGGAAUGAUGGCGAGGACUCCUAUGGAACCGCAGUCACCUUAUUCUACCCUCCAGGGCUGUCUUACCAACGUGUGACCGGGGGCCAGAACCAUCUGCAGUUGCGUUCCCUGCGUCUGACCUGUGACAGCGCCCCCGCUGGGACCCAGGGCACCCGAAGCACCCGCUGUAGCAUCAACCACUUCAUCUUCCGUGAGGGCGCCCAGAUCACCUUCACGGUCACCUUUCACGUUGCCCCCACGGCCACCCUGGGGGACAAGCUGCUUCUUGCCGCCAAUGUGAGCAGUGAGAAUAACAGCCCCAAGACAAGCAAGGCCACCUUCCAGCUGGAGCUGCCCGUGAAGUAUGCCGUCUACACCGUGAUCAGCAGCCAUGAACAAUCCACCAAGUACCUCAACUUCUCGGCCUCACAGGAGGAGGGCAGCAGGGUGGCCCAGCACAGAUACCAGGUGAACAACCUGGGGCAGAGGGACCUGCCUGUCAGCAUCCACAUCUCAGUGCCCACGGAGCUGAACCAGGUGGCCGUGUGGAAGGACAUAGUGGUCCUCAACCCCCAGAACCCCUCCAUUCAGUGCUCUUCAGAGAGAACAGCGCCCACAGAGUCUGACUUCCUGACCCACUUGACGAAGAAGCCUGUCCUGGACUGCUCCAUCGCUGACUGCCUGAGGUUCCGCUGUGACAUCCCCUCCUUCGGCGUCCAGGAGGAGCUUGACUUCAUCCUGCAGGGCAACCUCAGCUUCCGCUGGGUCAGCCAGACACAGCAGAAGAAGGUGCUGGUUGUGAGCGUGGCUGAAAUCACCUUCAACAGAGUCGUGUAUUCUCAGCUUCCAGGACAGGAGACAUUUUUGAGAGCUCAGACGGAGCUGGUGCUGGAGAAGUAUGAGGUCUACAACCCCAUCCCCCUCAUGGUGGGCAGCUCUGUGGGAGGACUGCUGCUCCUGGCCCUCAUCACAGCCUUGCUGUACAAGGUUGGUUUCUUCAAACGUCAAUACAAGGAAAUGAUGGAAGAAGCAAACAAUCAGACUGUCCCAGAAAAUGAGACGGGAGACCCCCAAGUUGCCCAAUAAGAUACUACAUCCUAUUGUCCUAUUGUCUCAUUUGAAAGGUUCCCUGGCCUUCUCACUUUUGCCUGAGAAGAAACUACCUCCUAUUCUCCUUUGAACCUGCUCUCCCCUGAGAGAUUCCCUAGCCUUGUUACUCUCACCCCAGUCAGGCCUGAUGGGGAAGAAGUAUUCUAAGCGAGGGGGUGGGAUCAGCUGCUUUCUGUCUUUGGGAGGAUGCAGUGUGUUUGCACAAAUCACCUUGCCUGGGAGGAGGCAUUGGUCUUGUCAAGACUCCAACUGGAAAUCCCAGGACAGGAUCCCUGCUGUGCUCCCGAGGACCUGACUUGGUAUUUCUACCUAGAAAUCCAUGGACAAGAGCCUCAGGCUCCAGUCUCUGUUCCUCCACUAACCACCGAUGAUCUUCCUAAAAUACAGUACGAAACCUGGCACACAUCCUCAUCCAUCCUCAGUGGUUCCCCCUUACUCGCAGUAUAACUUCUGAACCCCCCAGCUUGUGAAGCAGUACACAGAUGCUUCUUACAAACCCUGGGAUGUAUUGAAGAUGACAUCGUUUGAUAUGGUUUGUGACUGGAGAGCACUUUGAGGUCCUCUCUCGGGCACCUGCUGCCCCCAAAUAAAGUCAUUCUUAUUAUAAUGCCACCUAUCUCAGCAUAACGGUCAAUGUGGUGCCUGGUGCUGAGCUGGGAGUCAACGCACAGCAGGCCAUUCACUGUCUGGACAGAUCCUACUGCUGCCUCUAAUAAGGUGCUCGGGCCUCAUGGGUGUUUUAAUUAGAGAAACAGAAGGGGAGGCAGUUGACCACGUGAUUUGAGGGGAAGCGGUUCCUUCAACUCCACUCCAAAUUAUCACCCCAUCCACCAUAGGGUCCCAAACCCUUUUGAAUUUGGAAGUUUGGGGAUCUCCAGAAGGACCCAUUAUGAUGAAAUUCAUUAAGCUGGGCCCCAAUUUAGACCUUAUAAGAAUUUGGGUUUAGAGUGUUCUUUUUCAAAAUGUGCUCCACAAACCUCCAAAGGUUUCCUAAAUGCUGUUUUAGAGGGGGGGAAAAGACAAGAAACAAUUUUAAACCCAUGCAUCUCACACAUUUGAUCCCAGUGACUUUCACAGAAACCCUGCCAUAUCCUUAUAAUUGUGCUCCUAAAGCUUGUCUCUGGGCUCCACGGAUGGUAGUUUAACAUUCAGGCAAUGGUGCUAUUUUCAUAUAAUUUUCCUGUGUGUGUUAUUGUUUCCCUUCAUUAUAUGUGCAAUUUUCAUGGUUUCUAUUGUGUUGUAUUAUAUCCCUAAAUCACAAAAAUGGAUUGAUGGCUCAAAAAAUAUUCAUCAAGGGAUAAAUAUUGUGAUUAAAAAAUAAAAGAGAAUUGCUGCAA